AUAAGAGCAAAGCAUUUUCCCUUUGUGUAUGUCCAACAUGGAUGCUUUUCAGGGGAUUUUAAAAUUCGUCCUCAACCAGAAAACUGUUAUUGGCUACAGCUUCAUGGCUCUGCUGACCGUGGGAGGUGAGCGUCUCUUUUCACUCGUGGCUUUUAAGUGUCCCUGCAGCACAGAGAAUGUGGUCUACGGCUUGGUUUUCCUUUUUGCUCCUGCCUGGGUGUUACUGAUCCUGGGGUUCUUUCUGAACAACAGGUCCUGGAGACUUUUCACAGGCUGCUGUGUGAAUCCCAGGAAAAUCUUCCCCAGAGGCCACAGCUGCCGCUUCUUCUAUGUCCUCGGUCAGAUCACGCUGAGUUCCUUGGUGGCUCCGACCAUGUGGCUUUCGGUGGCUUUGCUCAACGGGACUUUUUAUGAAUGUGCCAUGAGCGGGACCAGAAGUCCAAAACUCCUGAGGUUGAUCUGCAAGGACAAGCCCAAAGAGUGCUGGAACGAGCUUCACAAAGUAUCUUGUGGGAAAACCAGCAUGACCUCCACGGACAGCGAAGAAUUGAAACUGUCCCUGCAAGCCCAGUCCCAGAUUCUAGGAUGGUUCCUGAUCUGUUCAGCAGCUUUCUUCUCCCUACUCACCACAUGUUAUGCUCGCUGCCGAUCAAAAGUUAGCCACCUGCAGCGGAGUUUUUGGAAGACAUAUGCACAAAAGGAGAAGGAGCAGCUGGAAAAUACACUUCUGGACUAUGCCAAAAAGUUGAGUGAGAGAAACCUGAAAUGCUUCUUUGAAAACAAGAGGCCGGAUGUCUUCCCCCUGCCCACCUUUGCUGCCUGGGAGGCUGCUUCAGAGCUGCAUUCUUUCCACCAAGGCCGGCAACACUAUAGCACCCUCCACAGAGUGGUGGAGGAUGGUCUGGAACUUAGCCCCCAGGAGGAGGAAACCACACUGGGGCUGGCAGAUACGGCCCACAAUGUGUAGUCACCCACCAUCACCGACUCACCAUGUCCACACAUCUUUCUGCUGAGUCAACAGCUACCUGAGCAUCUCUGCCUUUUCUCAUAGGGAGUCUCCCUUCCUUCCUCCCCUCCCCUCCCCCUUUCUUUCUUCCUUCCUUCCUUCCUUAUCUUCCUUCCUUCCUUUCUCUCUCUCUCCCUUUCUUUCUUCCUUCCUUCCUCCCUCUCUCCCUCCCUCCUUCUCUCUCUCUCUCUCCCUUUAUCUUUCUUUCUUUCUUUCUUUCUUUCUUUCUUUCUUUCUUUCUUUCUUUCUUUCUUUCUUUCUUUCUUUCUUUCUUUCUUUCUUUCUUUCCUCUCUCUCUCUCUCUCUUCUUUUUAGGGCCACACCUGCAGCAUAUGGAAGUUUCCAGGCCAGGGUCAAAUCAGACCUUUAGCUGCUGGCCACAGCCACAGCCACCCCGGAUCAGAGCGGCAUCUUCUACCUACACUGCAACUCUCGGCAACACCGGAUCCUUAACCCACUGAGCGAGACCCGGGAUCAAAUCCCCAUCCUCACGGACACUAUGUCAGGUUCUAAACCCACUGAGCCACAAUGGGAACUGCUGGAGUGUUUCUUUAUAAGACAAUGUCACAAAGGGAAGCAGCUUUAUAGCUCCCAACUGCAGACAGUGUCAAGUUCUCAAACUGAUGCUGAGUGUCUGGCAAGGAUGGUGACAAAGAUGCUCUUGCCUUGGUUGGGGGUUGGACUCUGUGACUUCAUGUUCUAAGAUUUUAAUGAUUGACAGUGAGACUCAUGCAAGAAGGUUUGCCAUGCUAUGUAAACAUGGUCAUGACAUUUGGGGGAGCAGUGGUGACUUGUGUGUAACUGGUAUUCUUAACAGACUGCUAUAUAGCAGGAUCUGUGGUGUGGUCAGUGGAAAUCCUCGCCCUGUAAAUCUAUCCUACUGCCUUUCAAGGAUGUAUGACAUUCUACAACUUGAAAUUAAUUUCUUGGAAUCUGAAGACACAGGUUCUCAAAAGUGAGACAUUGAAAGAUAUGAUGCCUAAAAUUUAGGGCUUUUCACCUGUUUCCUCUAUGCACUGAAAGUAAACCCCUGCAAUCAAGGCUAUAUUGUGACUUUUGUGGGCUCUUAGCACUUUUGCCUUCAGGGACCCACUUCUACAUUAAAAAAUACACAUGUGCACAUACACACAAUCACAUGCACACAUAUACAUGCAUAAAUAUUUAUGACUGUAUUGAUAUAAGAGCAUAGGUUAAGUUAAAUUUUUUUUCAGUCUUAAAGUUCAUUUAUUUCCUUGUGACUUUACAAGAAACUAAAAACACUUUUGUGGGUCCUUACAGAAUGAAAAUUUUGUAUUCUAUUAUAUAGUAGUUUAAAUAUAUAUGUAUAUUAAUUCCCUCUAAAUCUCUGAGUGGAAUCGAUAUUUAAGGAAGAGGCAUCAUGUUUUAUGCUGUGGCUCACAUCUUAUGCCAUGGAGAGUCCUUGCCUCCUAGUUGGAGAAUCCUGGGGAUAAAGUCUUUAUUACCAUGGAACAUUAUCCCAAAUUGGGGAAAGGACCUAAUAGGUGUAAUACCUGGAACACAUCCUUGGGAACUUGAAAGUACAGAAUCAGGGUGUGUGUGUGUGUGUGUGUGUGUGUGUGUGUGUGUGUGUGUGGUGGCAGGAAGAGUGGGAAGUAGGGGCUGUGAGGUUGCAGUAUUUGAAAUAUAAUUUGGGUUUUAAACAUGGCAUGUGAUAAAUAUUUAACAACUGGCUCUCGGAAGAAAAAAAAACAAAACCCGAUUUGAAGGGUUUGCCAAUUUCUAUGGUACAGUUUCAAGUUACCAAGGUGAUGACACUGAAGACAGAGUUAGCACUGAAGAGAAGCUAAGUAUGGGCUCUACGAGCCAGUAUAAACUUUCCAAUAAUGCUUUAUACCUAGCAUUUUUUUUUUACACUUACUUUGAUUCUAGCCAAACCAUCUCCAAUGCAUCUUUGGUGCAUCUGAGUUUUACUGCAAUAAAAUCUAACCAUGGUAUAUUAAAUAUAGCUCAAUGGCUCCACUUGAGAGAUGUAGUCUUUUCCCCUUCUCCUUGAAUUUGGCCUUAACAAACCAAUAGAAUGUAGGAGAAGUGAAGUCAGAUUGCAGAGCAAUUGAAGAAUAUGCCUUGGUCUCUGGCAAUGCUCAGCCUGGCAAAAUCCAGCCACCAUGAGGAACUCCAAUUAUCCUAGAAGGCCCGGGCUCUGAAGAAAGCCAAACUAGUCAAGAAGCGGGUGAGGAGAGGAAGAGAGAGUGUGUGUGUGUGAGAGACUACUGGUAUGUGGCCAUCCCCAACUGUUCCAGUCAUUCUAGGUUAGGUGCCAGGCAUGUGAGUGAAGAAGUUAUUUUGGACAUUACAGCCUCAAUAGACAUGACAUGAAGAAUGACCAUGGAACCCAACCAAUGGCCAGAAAAAAGACCCUAGAUCUACAGUCCAGAUGAAGACAUUUCCAUUAGUCCAGACUUAUGAACCACUCUGUCUGAGGCUGCAGACAUUGCAAAAGGAUUCCCUCUAUGUCCUGUCCAAAUCCCUGAUCCAGAAAAUCAUGAACUUAAAUAAAAGUGUGUUGUUCUAAGCCAUCACAUUUGGGAACACUAUGAAUUAAGACAGCCUGAACCACUAAUACAUAAAAACCAGAAUUUAUUGAGAGAGAAAUUAGGGACAAAUUGAAUUUAUACAUAGAUUUGUACAAAUAUUCUCCCUAUGCAUAAAUUUUUCCUUAAUAAUUUUUUCCCUCUUGAUUCCAGUUAAGCACUCUAUUGUCUAUGGAAUGAUCUGAUAGAUGCUGAAUAGGUACCUCUUCAGACUAGUUACAUCAAUGCCUGAAAUUCAUUUUUAAUGAUUUUUGGUUAAAUUUGGUUUGAGAGGAACAUAUUGCUAUGGGUUGAUUCAGUUUAGAAUAAACAUAUUGCUGAGAGGAGUAGCAUAUUAUUUAUCAUUAACACGUAGAAAAAAAUGAGAGUGGAGGGUCCAGGAUAAGUUAGCCUUGAGUAAGCUAGAAAGAGAGGAGUCUUCUAGUCUUACUCCUCAAAGUGUUUUCUUCAGACCAUCAGCAUCAGUAUCACGGGGGAGCUUGUUAGAAAUGCAGACUCAAACCCCAUCCUGGACCUGUUGAACUAAGCCUGAAGUUUAACUAGAUCUUAGCUGAUUCCUAUGCAACUUAAAUUUUAGAAGUGCUGGAGUGGUGGUUCUCAAGCUUUAACACAUGUCAAAAUCAUCUGGAGGGCUUGUUAAAAUAUAGCUUGCUGAGUCCCUGUCUGAUUGUGUAGGUCUGAGGUGAUGCAAGAUAAUUUGCCUUUGUAACAAGUUCUCAGGUGAUGCUAUUGCUGGUCUAGGGAUCAUGUUUUGAGAACAAUUGCUCUAAAGCACAAAGUAGGUCAUGCUGGGGAAGACUGGCUAGAAGAAAAUAAGAAUCGUGGGGCCUACCCAGAUCUGCUGAAUUAGAAUUUAAGCUGUUAUCAACCUGUCUGAGAACAUGGAAUGACUUCCCAUAUAUUUUCUAUUUACUCAAGACUACCUUUCAUCUUUUAGGGAUAUUUUUUGGCCACACCCAUGGGAUGUGGAAGUUCCCAGGCCAGGGAUAGAACUCGCCCAAGUUGCUGCAGUAAAAUCGCUGGAUCCUUAACUUACUGUGCUACCAGGGAAUUCCUUAGGGAUAUUUAAAAAUUUUCCUUAUAUGUUUUGCAAGUGUUGUGCAUUUGUAGUUAUUCUUCUUUGCUGCUAGUAUAAAUGGUUUCUUUUUUCCAUGAUAUUUUCCAAGUAAUGGUUAUUCGAGUACACGAAAAAGCUAUUAUUUUAUCAUAACAAUUUUAUCUCUAUCUUCCGAUUUUUUAAGUUAUGUUAUUCUUUGUAGAGAUUUUUAAAAUUAGAAAAUAACUAUUUUGUGGGAUUCCCAUUGUGGCGCAGUGGAAAUGAAUCUGACUAGGAACCAUGAGGUUUCGGGUUUGAUCCCUGGCCUCGCUCAGUGGGUUAAGGAUCUGGCAUUGCUAUGAGCUCUGGUGUAGGUCGCAGACAUGGCUCAGAUCCGGAGUUGCUGUGGCUCCGGUGUAGGCCGGUGGCUACAGCUCCAAUUAGACCCCUAGCCUGGGAAUCUCCAUAUGCUGCAGAUGCGGCCCUAAAAAGACCAAAAAAAAAAAAAAAAGAAAAGAAAAGAAAUUAACUAUUUUGCAAUCCCUAAUGACAUAAUGGACCUAGAUAAUAAAUAAUGAAUUCUAAACCACUAGGAGAAGGUAAGACGGUGAGGAUCUUGCAACUUGAAGCCACUCAUCUGUCUUAGCAUCCCUAAUAAUAGGACAACCCCAUAUUAUGUGCCUCCUAACACUAUGCAAUGCAAGAGUAAGUACAUAGUACAACUCGUGAAAUAUUGUUUCCUAAAAAAUUAAUCCUGAAUCAAAUCAAAUAUUAAGAUCUUACAACUAGUUUACAGGGGAUAUAGGCAAAAGAAAGUAAGUUAAUUAGCACCAUGGGGAAGCAAUCAAAUAAAUCUAGAACAUAGGACGUGCCAUUUGGCAUAUGACCCAGUUUUCCACAGACCAAUGGCAUUAAAAAAAAAAAAAGAUUAAAAAAGAAAUACAAAACAUAGUAACCAAAAGCAACACAAGGCCUUAUUUGUAUGCCGCUUCAAAUAACCAACUGACACAGGAUAUCUUUGAGAUAUUUAGGGAAAUACAAAUGGCUAUUAAAUGGGUAUGAGAUGAUUUCAGGGGAUUGUUCAUUUUGAUGUAUAUGAUAAUAGCAUGUUGGUUUACACUUUUUUAAAAUGUCCUUACCGGCUAGAGAUGUAUAUUGAAAUAUUUGUGAAUUACCAUAAUGUCUAGAGUUUUCUUUAAAAUAUUUCAGCAUAAAAAGUGGGAAAGCUAAAUGCUGAAACAAUAGCAAAAUAAUGAUAUUUAUUGAGGUUGGAUAGUAGGUACAUGGGACUUAUUACAUGCUCUAUUCAUAGUUGCGUAAAUUUGAAAGUUUUUGUAGUAGUUGUGUAAUGAAAUAAAUUAUGUGGCCACCUCA